AUGGACACACAAGCCCCUUCACCAUCAUCCUCUUCGGACAAUCAGCUCGGUGCCCAGCCUACUACCCCGCCACCUACCUCCGCGCCACCAACUCAGACACGUUUCUCCAAUUCGGCCCAUAUACGCUCGAGGAUAACGGUCGUCUGUGCAGAGUGCAAACGCCUGAAGCUCAAGUGCGAUCGCCGUACACCAUGCAGCUCUUGCGUCAAGCGCGACACUGUAUCGCGGUGUCAGUACUCGGCUGCUGCAGCAGAGAAGAUUGAUGUCCAAUCAUUGCAUAAUCGUCUUCAGCUCGUCGAGACGCAGCUCGCCCAGGUUAUGGCUGGCGGUGUCCGCGCCAUCGCCGCAGCGCCAUCUGGAGCGCCGGGAGAUUCACUCCCCUUCCCUCACAACGAUCGCUCCAUGCUCGCCACCGGCGCCUCCGGUUCCUCUGUGACGAUGUCUCUUGACGAGGUUGCACCGUUAUGGCUUGAACUUCUCGAUCUCCCGCAAGCGGCAUCUGCAACGGACUCGGCCCCGCUGGCGGCGCAUAUGGCUUCCCUUGUCAGGCUACAACCCGCGACAGUCGACCUCGGCGUUCACGAUGAGCCACCGGCCUACACCACGUUGCCUCAGCUCAAGGUCUACUACAGCACCGGCUCAGCUCAAUCAUGCGUUACUCCACAACUCGUGCAGCUCCUGCCUGGUGCUGCCGCCGUGCGAUCACGGAUUCUGACGGCUGUGGAGGAUACCAUGCGUAUGCAUCCGUGCUUCAACUUCAAGCACUUCCGCACCCGUAUCGACAGCAUGUUCUCUUGGGCCAAGGAGGAAGAGACCCGUCCGGCAAACCCCAAGGCCGACCUCGCGCGCUCCAUUUUCUUUAACACGUCCCCCAAGCCACAACCAACCUUGUCCUUCUUCGCCGCCGUUUGCGCGGCACAUGCUCUCGGUGUCUCGGUGAUCAAGGAGAACGAGUUCUUCGGUGACUCGCUGGACGAGCAAGCACGCAAGCUGCAGCGCGCUGACGAUGGAAGCUCCAGGGCGCCUAAGCCUGUUUGGAGCAAAGUUUCGGCAUCGUCGUUAUACGCGCUUUCCCAGCAGGCGCUCCAACAAUUCGAGCUCUCCCACGCUUACGACCUCGACUACUUGAUCGCAUGCAUCCUCCAGAUUCUCUACCUGCUCUACGAUGGCAAACCACGGAUUGCACAUGUUGUUUACCCGCUCGUAGGCAAGAUGGUCAACGUCGCGCAGAUGAUGGGCCUCUCAACGGACCCGGACGAGUUCCCUGGCAAAUAUACCCUCUUUGAGGCGGAGCUUCGCCGUCGUGUGUGGUGGGAUGUCUACUACUAUGAUGUAUUCAUCGCGGACUGCAUGGGCCAGCUCCCGAUCAUCCAGGAUAACACGUACACGACGAGGAUUCCCGCAGACGUCGACGAGGGCCAGUUCAAUCCCACUUCAAACUCACUACCGGUUCCUGUCCCGCGUGGCUCGGGCCCCGACUCAAGCGAGACCGGCUUCGCCUUUUUCGCGCUCAAGUGCAAGCUGGCCCAGCUCGUGAAGAGUGUCAAGAAACGGACAUUCACAGACCCUCUUGCGGCGCAGGAGAGUAUCGAGACCCAUCUCGAGCAGGCGGAACAGUUUGAAGAGGACGUGAAGUCGUGGCUUUCCGAGCUUCCGCGCCUUUUCCGCCUCGACGCGGAUCUCAUGGUCUCCAACCGCGGUCCCGUUUCCGCAACUUUGCAAGCUCAGCGCUGCGAGCUGUCUAUCGUGGCGAAUCGCAUGAUACUCAAAAUCUUCCUGCCAUUCCUGCGUGCCUGCGUCUCGGACACGCAAAACUCCGCAUCGACGCCGCGCCGUAUCGUCUCCUCCGUGGUGGAUGCUGCGCACAACAUCAUCCAUGCCGUGCAGCUCACUCAGGGCAUCUGGCGCCAGACACGUCCAUCGGCCUUUGCGUUCUACAGCUUCGGUCGCACGCUCUUCGAUGCGCUCAUCAUGAGUGCCUCUGCUGUUGUCGUACAUCCCACAGGCGCUUCGUCGGGCGUCGCGCUCGCAGACCUCACGACUGGCCUCGACAUCAUGCGCGACACCCGCACGGCAUUCGGACGGUCCAGCCGCGAGUCUUCCGUCGAUGAAUCGAUCCGCAUCGUCGAACGUAUGAAGAUUCGCGCCGAGAUGGCGCGCACCGGAGAUGUAGCACCCAUCCCUGCGCUCGGCACGGUCGCUGGCGUCAAGCGCAAGCGUAGUCCUGAGGAAUACUCGGACGAACUGGAGUUGCUCGAGGGCGAUUUCAACCUGCCAUACGUUGGUGCAGGGGUUUCAUGCGUACGCGCACCGCAAGAAGGUCUUCUUACGCCCGAUUCGCCCGCAGCACCACAUCUUGGACCGUCGCCCAAAUCGAUUGCGAUGUCUGGACCUCGCUCGCGCAAGGGCUCUCUCCACAUGAGUCUGCCUGAUGCCCGUCUUGGCUCGGCGAGUCCACCUACGCCGGGUACCCCGGGAAGUCCCAAGCCGCAAAUCCCUACUCGUGGUCGCCCUCGCGGUUCGAGCUCCGCGACUCGUCGACCGCAGACGGCUCAAAGCAAGGGUCCCAGCUCGCUUCAGACGGCGAUGACAGCGGAGUUGACGCCUCAACCUACGUUACAGCUGCAACAGCCAGAGCCACCGCAGGGUGUCUUCGGGAGCUUGAACGAGCUCUUACUCGCAGAUGUGCAGCAAACCGUGCCAGGUGGUGUUGUCUACUCGGACCCGGCGCCGCAUGGGCAGGGCUUCCACGUAUCGCCUGCGCCUGGCAACGCAACGCCCAACUUCACGGGUUAUCCAACCCCGGGCUUCAGUCAGGACAGUUUCUUUGGCCUGUACCCCCCCGCGCGCCCAAGCGGUGACGAGUUCAUGCUCGCGGCGACGGGUCAAGGGAGCAAAUGGCCGCAGCCACUGCCCAGUCCAACGCAUAGCGCGGAGGCAAGCCAGUGGCAGUACUACUGA